CACUUUUAGGCACUGAUGAGAUUGAUGCACUAUGCUAUAUGAAUUGGAACAUUGACACUAGUUUGAUAAUGUACUACUGUACUGGUAGAUAUCUUCAUAAUUAUCGUGUUUUUAUUUAUGAUUUUUGAUUAAUUAGUAUUAUUUUAUUUAUUAGUAUCGAUCUUCAUAUGUUUACGCACACAUGUGACACAUCCAGUAUAGUAUAUAGGUUUAGUAGAUAGUUUAGGAAAUGAGUAGUAUAAUCCCCAAAUAAGGUGGAGACCUAUAUGAUAAGUUGAAAACUUUAAUUUUUAGAGUUUCAUCAGAUUUGGAACUAAUAAAAUCACAUAUUAGUUUCUAAAAAAAGAUUAUGACCACUUUUGAGGAGCAAUUCCUACGGAAAAGUUGAAAUACCCAAUAAUGAGCUAAUACUAAGUCAAAAAUGGCCUUAGAAGCUUAAGACUACGUAAAACCACCUAUAAUAGUCUAGUCAAAUGCCAAGAAAUACGGCGUUUUGUAGUAAAAUAUUUAGAAACUUUACCAUUUUUAAACGCAACACAUAUUUCUUCUGACCUUUUCUAAAUAAUAAUUACAAUAAAAAAAAAUAACAAACAAAAUUAAAUGUACAUGUUCAAAAGUCAAAAGGGAAUGCACCUAUAUAUUGUUAAGUUCGAUUACAUACAACCUCAACAAUCUAUAACCCAUAUUUCUCAAUAUUUCAUUAAUUACAUUGUUCAACUAUGUCUUACAUUCAUAUUAUUUCCUCUCUCUUUUUAUUACCAUUUACUUUCCUAAUCUAUAAUACUAAUACAGUUGUAGCGGUUGAUCCACUCUACCAUAUAUGUUCAUCUACCGCCGGAAACUUCACUCCUAAUUCCGUCGAAGAGAAAAACGUUAAUACAUUAAUGGGGCUUCUACCGAAAAAUCUUUCUCCUUGGGGCUUUUCGCGUGCCAUGACUCGUACAUACCCGUCUAUGUUCUUUGGAAUCGCUCAGUGCAGGGGGGACGUAAACUCCCUAGAGUGUAACAAAUGUGUUGUUAAUGCUAGUGUUGAAAUUCGUAAGAGUUGCCCUUAUAACAAAGGCGCUGUUAUAUGGUAUGACAAUUGUAUGUUGAAAUAUUUGGACCGAAGUUUCUUUGGCCAAAUCGAUAACAAAAAUAAAUUUUAUUUGUUGAACGUUGCUAAUGUAAGUAAUGAUCCUAUUUUGUUUAACACAAAAGUUAAGGGAUUAUUGAGUAAGUUAGCGAUCCAGGGUGCUACCACUAGGAAACUUUACGCAAUUGGUGAAACAAAGCUUGAUACGUUUACAAAUUUGUAUGGGUUAGCUCAGUGCAACCAGGAUCUGUCGAACAAAGUUUGCAAGAUGUGCUUGGAUCAAGCAAUAAGUGAGCUACCAAAUUGUUGCGAUGGAAAACGCGGUGGGAGGGUCGUUAGUGGGAGUUGUAACGUGAGAUAUGAGAUAUACCCCUUUAUUAAUUCUUAGGAUGAUUGUAUGACAAACUCUAUUAUGCACCUGUGUAUAUUUAGAGUUGAGAUUGAUCGCGCCAGAACGUUUAUCUGUACUCAUUUGUUCAUUUUUGCUCAUUGGUAGAGUUUUAAAUGACCAAAUAAGGAUUGGGUUAUUCUUUAGGACCAUAGAUGUGAAUGUGUAGAGGAUCAAAAUAAUUAGUUGGGUUAAUCGUUUGAAUUGUUUGGCUUUGUUUUAUUUGCAAGUUAAAUUGGCAUUGGAUAUAUUUUUAGGGUUAAUUAGCACUAUGGGCAUUUUUAUGGGCUUAAGGGUAUAUUAGGAGUGGUAUAAGGGGGAUAUUGUACAACUUUAUUAUUCAUUGAAGAUUAAGAUUAUACAAUCGAGUUUGUUUUUCGUUUUAGUAAUUUUACGAAAAUUUUAUAUAGUGAUCAAUUGAAAUAUGACUACCGUAAUAUUUUAGUGAUUAUUCAGUUCAUAAUUAACUUAUUUUUCUUCGAGUAAUAAUGUAUGUUUCUUUAUUUUAAUACUUUACGUAUCUUAAUAUUAAGACUACAAUUUUGUGGAAAUGCUGAUAAAGAGAAAAUUAAUCAUUUAAUUAAUUAUUAUUGAUCAAGGGUUACUAAGGUUAGAAAGUAAACUUAGUGAGAUGAAAUAAAAAAUAUACAAUCGCAAAUUAGGAUAUAAACAUUUUUGUAUAUUAAAAUCUAAUAGCAGUUAAACAUUUUCAUUAGGAAAAUUUAAAAAUAACCACCCAAAAAACAGACCAUUUUAAAUUUAACCACCAAAAAAAAAAUUAUUUAUAUUUAACCACCCCUUACAUUAAUUAAUCAUACAGAUGACCACCCAAAUCUAUUUUCCGGUGGAAUUUCCGUCACUGGGCC